CAUGGGUCGCACACCAGGUGCCAAGAACAAGUGCGUCGGUAGCCCCCGCUCGCCGAAAGCUGGCGAGGGGUCGGCGUCAUACCGGCGCCUGCGGCUGCCUGAGCUGGUCAACAUGUCGUUGACGCCGUACCCGCUCAGCCUCAGCACCGAGAUGGUCAUGGCCAUGAACGCCGAGGCCGGCACCAUACAGGACAAGCUCAAAAUUGUCUCUAAGAGUAUCUCCGACAUAGAAGCUGAGCGAAAGAAAGGUGACCCAAACUUGGAAGCAAUCAAUGCUCUGCAUGACAAAAUACAACAAGAUGGAAAGCUGACGCCCAUGAAUAAGAUGCGUCUCAAGAGCAUGUAUGUGACGGCGCGGGGCGAUGCCGAGCGCGAGGCGGAGCUGAUUCGCAGUGCCUUAGCCACCAUCUACGAGAUCAGGAGCAUCCGCAACGAGCUCCGACUACAGGCCAAGCACUCUGGCAACAAGGAGACCAUCCGACGCGGCGCGCUGAUGAAGAUGCUGCAGAACACGGCGCAGACGCUGCCGCUGUGGAUCGGGUCGCCCGGCGACGAGCCACCCGCACUCUGCGGUGCCGUCCAGGCCGAGCCCAACUACGCUGCCAAGGCGGGCGACAUGGUGGCCGCCCUCGUGCGUGGCAGCGACGGCGAGGAGAACUGGAUCCUGGCCGAGGUCAUCUCCUACAACUCCUCGAGCAACAAGUACGAGGUGGAGGACAUUGACGAGGAGCAGCGGGAGCGCAUGAUCCUGAGCCGGCGGCGUGUCAUCCCGCUGCCGACCAUGCGGGCUAAUCCGGACACCCAGCCAGAGGCGCUCUUCCAGGAGACGGCCGUCGUGAACGCCAUCUACCCGCAGACGACCUGUUUCUACAAGGGCGUGGUGAAAACCGCGCCGGCCACCGCCGUGGACGACUACGAGAUCCUGUUCGAAGACUCGUCCUAUACGGAUGGCUUCGCUCCGCCGCUGCGCGUGGCCCAGCGUUACGUCAUAGUCUACAGGGAGAAGAAGAACAAGAAGGAGUGAGGCGGCGGUGUGCGAACAA